AUGCCUAAAAGAACAACUCUAACAGAUAAUCAAAAAUUUGAAUUCUGUGUCUAUGCCUGUAAUAACAAAAGAACCCAUUCAGAAUAUGACCAACAACUUUCAAAUGAAAUCAUAAAUCCAGAAGCCAAGCAACAUAGGACCGUUACUGUACCAGAGCUUGAGCUAGCACUCAAGGAAUUCAUAUUAAUCUAUCAACACUGCACUAUUCUAAGUGAUGCUAUGAUGAUCAAAAAAGCAAAAUUGUUAGUGGAUGAACUUGAAGUCCCUGAAGGCAAGUUACAUUUUUCUUCUGAGUGGCUUCAAAAAUUUAAAGAGUGA